GCGUCCACGCCUCCUGCUCUGCUGGCCUUCUCGUGAACCUCGUGUCCCGCCUCGCGCUGUAGCACUAGCCACCCCAGUACGAUUCGAGGUAGCAGACCACGAGGCACCGAUGGCGCCGGCGCCGGCGCCGCUGCAGCACGUGACCGUCCUGGACCGGUGCGAGGUCUCUCCGUCGCCGCCGGCAGCGCCCGGGCAGCCGCGCGCGCUGCCGCUCACGUACUUCGACCUCGUCUUCUGGGACUUCCCGCCCGUGCAGCGCGUCCUCUUCUACGGCAGCGCGGAGCGGGACCUCCUCGACGUCCCGGGCUUCCUCCGCCGCGAGCUGCCGCUGUUCAAGGCGUCCCUGGCCGCCGCGCUGCACCACUUCUACCCGCUGGCCGGGAGGCUGCCGUGCGAGCUGCCCGCCGAGCCCGAGGUCGCGUGCUCCGACGGCGACUCUGUUCGUCUCACGGUGGCUGUCGGAGGCGAUGACUUUGGAGAUCUCGCCGGCGACCACCCGCGCGACACAGCGAGGCUCCGGCCGCUGCUGCCACCGCUGCCGAGCCGCGGCCGGGGGUCUUGGGGAGUGUUUGCCGUGCAGGUCACCGUGUUCCCUCGCGCCGGCAUCUGCGUCGGCACCACGCUGCACCACGCCGUCGCCGACGGCUCCAGCUACGUGCAUUUCCUCAGGACGUGGGCGGCCAUCCACCGCCGGCUCAUCGGCGCUGACAAGAAGGUGGUGGACGUUGUUCCGCCGCUGUUCGACCGCGGCGUCGUGCGCGACGACUCCGGUCUCCGGGAGGUGUUCGUCCGUGAGCUCGCGGAGGCCGGCGACGAGCGGUUGGAUGACUGGGACCUGAGCAGGCGACCGGGCAGCGGCGGCGUCGUCCUCGCGACGUUCCGGUUCACGGAGGAGCUGCUAGGCCGGUUGGGGAAGCGCGUCGAGUCGGAGACCUCGGCGCGGCGGUGUUCGCCGUACGCGGUGGCGUGCGGCGCCGCGUGGGCCGGUAUCGUGCAUGCGCGCGGUGGCAACGGCAGCAACUGCAAUGCACGGCAUCAGUUUGGGUUCGUGACCGGGUGCAAGCCCCGCGCGAGCCCGCCGGUGCCGGGGAACUACUUCGGCAACUGCCUGGGUCUCUGCUGCGUGGAGGAGGCGGAGGAUGGUCACGGCGUCGGCCUCACGCCGUCGGCGGCAUCGGCAGCCAUCUGGCACGCGAUCGAGGAGCUCGCGGAGCAGGGGCGGGCGCUGCGGGACGCGCGCGGGUGGGUGCGGCUCGUGCGGGAGUGCGCGGCGGCGCGGGCGGUGACCGUGGCCGGGUCGCCGAAGCUUGGGAUUUACGCGGCAGCAGACAUGGGCGCCCCCUGGGGCCGGCCGCGAAAGGUGGAGAUCGUCUCCGUGGAACGGACGGGCGCGCUGGCCCUGGCGGAGAACCACGACGGCCGCGGCGGCAUCGAGGUCGGGGUGGCGCUGCCGCGAGGGGAGAUGGAGGCAUUCCGCGCGUUCUACGGCGACCUCGUCGCCGGCCUCCGGUGAAGCGUACGAGAACCGCGCGGGCACGUACUACGCGAAAGCGACACGGUGGGCGGGGCGGCGACGUCGAGUGCAACGGUAGACCGCUCGCCACCUUUUCGACGCGGGACACAAAACAAAAGACAUGACGAGUUGGAGCAGGUGGAUGGACGCGACGUCUCCUGCGCGCUCCACUAGCUCCUGCUCCGCGGGGACACUCCUGUCUGUGUGGUGCAGAGCGUACGAACUGCUGUGUCGAUUGUGAAUAUCAAUCAUGUACUGCCAUAGCACUUAUCGUACACAAUAUGGUUGCAAGGCGUUUUGCUAGUGUAGAUCGUUUCUCCUUUCGUCUCUGAACUUUUCAUGAAUGCACGACCGGGUGUACUUGCAGGAAGCACUUCGAAACUCCAAGAUUACUGUCAAAUGGUUCAAGCAUCUAAGUCUAAGUCCAUCUUCAACCCCGCCUUCGAAUCGGACUCACUAUGGGUUCGCAGACACGAAUACGAAAGUCGGACAUGUAUCCUAUCCAUCAAACUUUCGCCCAUGUUUGUCUCUGUUUUUUUGUUAAGUCCGCGGCACUUCAAAAUAACUAUACAUGAGCAUAAUUCUUGAAGCAACAAAUAUUUAAGUACAAAACUAGUUCAAAUUUAAAUAUUACAAACCAAACAUUAAGUUCCAAAUAAAAUAACUAAACUUGAAUCCAACUUAUGUUCUAGUUGUCCCCUUUAAUCGUCCACAAAUGCUCGUCUAUUCAUUUCUUAAACUGCUCAUGAGUUGCUCGACGUCAAAUCUGUUGAUUUAUCUGGACAAACUCCUCAAACGUUAACUGCAAAAAGAAAAA